AUGCAUGUCGACAGUCCAGAAUUCGAAGCUCUUUAUGACGCCAUGAAAGCGUUCGUCGAUACGUGCAUGUCGGGCCACGACCCAUCACACAACCCAGCGCACGUUCACAGGGUGGUGAGCCUUGCCAAUAAAAUCCUGGUUGAAGAGCAGGCCCGGCGGCCUGAAGGGCAGCUGGAUGGAGCGUCACUGGACCCGACGACCAUGGUCGAGCAUGCUCUGUUGCAGCAAAAUGCGCCCAAAGGCAUCGCGUCAAAAGUGCAGAAGAUUGUUUCGCACGUGUCAUACACAACGGAGUGCAAGGAUCCGGCAGUUGUUCGACAACUGAUUGACACCGGAUACCCUGAACUGGCGGUGGUGCAAGACGCAGAUCGACUCGAUGCAAUCGGAGCCAUUGGAAUCGGGCGGUGUUUUACCUUCCUUGGAGCAGUAGGGAAGAAGUACGCUGUUGAUGGGAAAUGGGAAAUGGAUAAUUCGAUCGAGCAUUUCAGCGACAAACUGGAGAAGUUAGAAGGGAUGAUGAAGACUGAGACCGGGCGGAAGAUGGCUCGGGUGCGAACAGAGAGACUGAACAUCUUUCGCGGAUGGUGGGAAGAGGAGAUGAAUGAUGCAAAGCUGACAUUCUAA